GCUCUUUGCUUGGGGUUUCUGAAGUGCCACACGUGAAGAAACUUGCUGCCCCACUGACAAUGGCUGAGACGGAGGAGGAGGAGGAUUCUGAGGCUUGGCUGCGGUUGAAGCCUGUGGAGCCCUUGCCCUCCCAGUGCUGCGGCAGUGGCUGCUCGCCCUGUGUUUUUGACCUCUACUACCGAGACCUGGAAAGAUGGGAAACAGCCCGAGCCAGAAAUGACAGGAGCCUGCUGAGUGGGAAGCAACCACCUGAGAGCCAGAUAUCCAUUGAAUACCUGUUAUACACCAGGCCCUAUAAGCCAAUGAGGAUUUGUGAGUGAGCAAGGCAUAGUCCUUGCCCUCAAAAGAGCACACUAACUUGGUACGAUACAGACAGGUUAACUGAGGGAUGGACCUUUCUCCCUUCUCCUGCCUCCUGGGAAUCAGACAACCUGACUGCCACUGGGUAUCAUGGCCUACUCAUCAGCUACAAGACCUGAGACCUCCCUUUUCUCUCUGAAGCCUGUAAGAGGAACCCCCACUUAGCUUCAUGAGCCUGAGCCUUCUUUGGAACUCCCGCCAUAAUAUCUGCCUCUGCUGUUAAUAACUCUGUUCUCAGAAGGACAGUCUACCCCAGCAUUCCUCCUGAAAUCCAAAACCUGAGACGUUUCAGGCCUCAGCGUCCCCAUAUGUGAUACAAGGAUGUUAGACUGGAUCGUCUCUAAGGCGCCCUCAGUUUUUCAACUCUCUAGCUCUGGAACUGACUAGAUCUGAAGGAUGAGCAGGUGUUUUGUACAGGGGAUACACUAUGAACAAUAAAGACCUUGAGAGCUGUUCUGCCAAGCUGAGUCCAGAGACUUUCCUGGCCUUCCACAUCAGCACCAUGGAGAAGGUCACCAAGGACACCUAUCUUGUCCGGUUUACACUACCCGGGAACAGUCGGCUCGGCCUGCGUCCUGGACAGCACCUCAUCCUACGAGGUGUAGUAGAUGGCUUAGAGAUUCAGAGAGCCUACACUCCCAUCAGCCCUGUCACUGCAGAAGGAUACUUUGACGUUUUAAUCAAGUGCUACCGGACUGGGCUGAUGUCCCAGUAUGUGGAGUCAUGGAGAACAGGAGACACAGCCUUCUGGCGAGGGCCUUUCGGAAGCUUCUUAUAUGAACCAAAGAAGUACGGCGAGCUCCUCAUGCUAGCGGCUGGCACAGGCCUGGCCCCCAUGGUGCCAAUCCUGCAGAGCAUCACAGACGACGAAGAUGAUGAGACCUUUGUCACCUUGGUCGGCUGCUUCAAGACCUUCGAGGGCAUCUACCUGAAGACCUUCUUCCAGGAACAGGCCAGGUUCUGGAACGUGCAAACCUUCUUUGUCCUCAGUCAGGAGGUCUCCCCAGAACAGCUUCCCUGGAGCUACCGUGACAAGACCCAUUUUGGCCGCCUGGGCCAGGAGCUGGUUGCUGAACUGGUGGCCUGCUGCCGGAGAAAGCCGUUUACCUUAGUCUGUGGCUCACCUGCAUUUAAUGAGGACAUGGCUAGGUGUUUGCUGUCUGCUGGCCUGACUGAGGACUCCUACUUCCUCUUCUAGCCCUGGCCUUGGGCCUUAAUCAGGGGUACAGAGAGGAGCCCAGAUCAGAGUCAGAAGACAUGGAGUCCAGGCCUGGCCCUGCUGCUGACUUACCCAGAGACCUUGGGCAAAUGUCAUCACCAUGGAACUUCCCUUCCUGUCUGCUGCGUCCUGCUGUAUGGAGGGAGGCCAGCAGUUGUCAGGGAGUCAGGGAAGACUGCUCCAAGGGAGCCAAGCAAGUGGAGUCCUACUGAGCUCAGGCUGGUGGGGGUUGGGUAGGACAAGGGGUGAGGAGUCUCUUGUCCUCCCAGAGCCCAUCAGUGCUGGGAAAAUGACUUGGGGAAGCUCAGAGCUCUGGGAGGACCUUAACUUCUGUGCCUCCUGUGGGGUGGACCUGACUUGCUGAAGGCCUGGAGUCUAAGACCUGACCAUGUUCUCAGAUCAAGGCACUGCCCUGAAUCAUCUCUGUAUCCAUGACAAGUCUUUCCUGCCAUGAUCAGCCUCACGCUCAGUUUCUUUCCUGGCUCAGGAGGCCAGCUCAGAGUCCUUUUCCCACAAAAGAAGAGGAACAGAGGCAAAUGCCCCUCCCUCCUGCAGGCAGCCACAUAGCCCGUGCCUUCAGCUCUCGGUGCCCUGGCGACGGUUGCUAUGGAGAUCUAAAGAUAGAGCAGGAGUCAGGAGACCUGGGUCCCUCUCCCAGCUCUGCCCACUGAGUGGCUGCUGAUCCAGGUCCACCCAGCCCCCACCUCCACCUCCUCUAUCCUGAACGGGGCAUGCCCUCUCCAGGGAGCUCACUGCCCCUGGGCAUCAUGUUGACUUAAUGAAUUCUGCUUUCCACAGCCUGGGCCCCAGUGUGCUGCGCCAGCACAGGCCAGAUACAGGCAGUCCCAGACUUCUGAUGCUCAGCAGUGGAAUGUUAGAAGCUGGGAGCCAGGAGCCUUUAGGAUUAGGCAUUUAUAACUAUGGAGUUGCACUCUCCUCACCUCCCCCAACCCCCAUAGCAGAGCUCAGAUGCCAGAGAACCCUGUCCAGCAGACUCAGUGUACAAAUGGGUGAACCAAGGCCCAUGAGUGACUCACCCAAGGUGAGUCUGAGACAGCCCUCCCUACAAGCUCCCCAUCACCCCCCCCACACACACACACACACACACACACCUGUGGUUGUACACCAUGCUUUUCAAACUGUGCUCCACAGGCCACUGGGGAACCUUGCCUGGAUGGCAGCAGUAAAGGUGGCUGGAGGGAUCCCCAGGUCCCCUUCAAUCACAGAGGUCUGUUUUUAACCUCAUCUUCAUGGGGCAUAGAGGAAUUUUUGUCAAAAUUGCCUUUUCUACCCCACCCUGAAAAAUCACAACAAAGAAACCCCUGUUCACUGCAUAGCCAUGGGGAACAGCUGGGUGAUGGGAAGCCUGCAUGUUGCACCCCAGGGGCUUGGGACCUCUGUCGGGGUUCUACAGGGCAUUCAUUAGGUGUGACUUCUCAGAACCAAGUGGGCAAAUUAAAGCUGCAUGAACAUUGGUCAGGACACUUUGUUUUGUCUGGCCCAGGUCCUCAGCCUCGGGGUCGUUGUUCUUUAGAGUCUCAGGCUCAGAACAGUGUGACAAAACUGAGAGCCAGAGCUCCCAAACAGGGUGCAUGGGCUCUCCUUGCCCAGCCUGUGACUUGGGGCAAGACACAUGUCAUCUAUCCCGGCCUCUGAGAACUUCACCAGUGUGCCUUGGUGGGUCUUAGUGGCAGUCUUCAUGGAUGCCCCUGGGGGACUUGAAGCUCAACUGUCCAAGGAAAUAGCAGCAACGUGCUAGGCACAGCCUUUCCACUGGAGAGCUCCAGCCAAGGCAAGGAUUAGCUAGCAUACCUCUGAAAGGGGUGAAUAUUAGAGAAAUGGUGUUCACAGUGCAAGAGAGUGGUGAGCAGGGCUUGAGCCUGUAGGAAAGACAGGGACACUCCCCAACCCCGACCAUAGAAGCUUCAAAAGCAAUGCUUAUACUCAUUCCUUACAGGGUCAGGGAGGACCCGCUUAAGGGGAGAAGCCUAGGGCAAUUCCCCUAGGCCUCUCUCUGUACCAUUUUAGGUAUUUGAUGCCUAGACAGAUUAGGCCACUCAGAGGCAACUGACAUCCCCUGUCCUGGGUGGGUUGCCUUCCUCUUCACCUCCCUCAGUGUAGAAGCUGAGCAGCCUGGCUACUAGUGGGAUUGGUUAUCCUGAAUAUUGGCAAGGGCACAAAUGUGUCUGAAAUGCCAGGAUGCCAAUCUCCUGUCACCUGGGAACUCAAGAGCUCACAAAAUAGUGGUUGCUGUGCCUGGCAAGGUAUAGGUGAGUGUAAAAUAGGACUAAUUGGGAUUCAUGAGGUCGUCCCACUUGGUGGGUGGGCCCUGUCAGCUGGUCAGUUCCUCAUGAUAAUACCUGGCUCUCUGUAGGCUGUUGGGAUGGAGUUUCCCCUGAGCACUGCCAUUAUGUGAUAGUGCAAUGGCAGGGGGACAGUCAGGACCUGAGCAUGACCGGAAGGCCUCAGAAGACCAACAAAGAGCUCACUUCUCUGUGAGCGAGACAAAUUAGCACCUCAAGUUAUUCAGGUACUGCCCCUCUGUUCAGUCUGGAACCAUAGCCCGAGCCUGCGUGGCCUCACCCAGCCACCGUGUUCCCAUCACACAGGGUGCUCAGCACCUCCUGGAGGUAGACAACCUGAGGCAUAGCAGAACUUCCGAGUGCUUUGCAGGUGGCAGGACUCUUCCACAGCAGGAAGUCAUGCCACUGUAGUUACCCCAGAUUAGAGACCGAAACAGCCUCUGAGCCACCAAGAUCAUGUAAGGGGGCACAAGUUCCAACAUGCGUUGUUGUAACGGUUACAUGACACGUGAGCACACCUGGAGGUCCAGGUAAACACUCUGUACCUGUGUGGUGUGAGACGGCCAAGGCUACAAUUAAGAAAAAGCAGAGUGGGAACCAUGCAGUUCUCCUUUGUUUGUUCUUCUCUUUGUUUUGUUUCAGUGCUGGGGACUGAUUCUAGAGCCUCGAGGAUGCUAAGUUAAAGACCAUGUGCUCCACCACACCUAGUUCCAGUGGCGAUCCCAGUGGGAUAUCAGUCUGCAGUUAAAACGAGUGGAUCGGGUCUCCAUGUACCAGCAUAGAGUAAACGUUUUAAAAGUCAUAAUGGAAUAAGCUGCACAUAGUAAAAGGACAAGUCCAGGGCUAGCAAGAUCCCUUUGCAGCUAACAGUGCUUGCCGGCAAGCCAGACAACCUGAGUUUGAACCCUGGAACCCACAGGGUGAAGAGAGAGAGUCAACUCCUACAGAUUGUCCUCAGUGUGUACACACACAGACUGAUAAAAGCAAGAAGAUUUGGGGUUGGGACAAUACUUGUACUUGGGAAUUAUAAAACUCUGAAAUAAUGUUUUCUAUUGAGAUAGCUCAGCUGCAAGCACAGAACCUGAUGGAGAGAUGAAAUCCAGGUGUUGGUUCCCUGGUAGCUGCUUUGUUAUUUUCUUUUCCCCAACCUGUGUUUAAGAACAGUUCUAGGGCUGGGCAGUGGUGGCACACGCCUUUAAUCCCAGCACUUAGGAGGCAGAGGCAGGCAGAUUUCUGAGUUUGAGGCCAGCCUGACCUGCAGGUCUACAGCGAAUUCCAGGACAGCCAGGGCUAUACAGAGAAACCCUAUUUUUAAAAAUAAAAAUAAAAUAAAACAGAACAGUUCUACAGUUA